AUGGCGCGGUUCCCUGCGUUUGGGAGCAGCAGCCAGGAGGCUGCCAGAGAUCCAACUGUGCCUUGCAGCGCACACAGGGACGUGAUGGGGCCACAGAGGGACGCGACGGGGACGAACCGUCCUUACCACCACGCACAAGGAUGGAGCCUGCACGUCCAUCGAGUGAUGGUGGGCAAGGGGGGGAAACGGAAAGCCUCCGCAGGAUUUUACAUUAUGUUGAGGAAUUUUGUGGGCUUAACUACAACCGCUAUUGCACUGGUUAUUCGUGGCUGUGACACAUGUGCCGCAAUUGAACAAGCCAAGAGGAUGAAACCCCUCUGGGGGGAAGGGCGAUGGCAAAAGUAUAAAUAUGGGGAGGCCUGGCAGGUUGAUUACAUCACCUUGCCACAAACUCCCGAUGCUCCAGCAGCGCCAGCGCUGUGCCCCUCACUUUCCGUCAGGACUGAGAUGGGACAGCACGCGAGCAGAGCAGCGGUGCAAGCCGCCCCUCGGGGCAAACCGCAGCGCUUCUCUCCGCCCAUGGCUGCCCAGGCCAUGGCCCGUCCCCAACCUCAGCCCUCAUCCUCUGCGAUGGAGGAGAGAAAGCCCUCCUGCCCCGCUGAGGCCAAGGAGAAGGACAAACUCCCCCAGGAGCCCACUGCUGUGCCGCCCGCUCCCCCCUUGGAUGCCCCUGGGCUGCCCAUGUGUGCUGUGGAGCGUUACGCGAUGGACAACAUUGAGGCCUUUCUCCGGAGCACAGAGCCUCAGAAUGAGGAGAAGAAGAUGAAGUUCCUGUGCAGCAUCCGCACAAUCUGCAGCUCCGCAGCAGAGAGGAACACGGUGCAGGAACUGCGCAUCUUCUGCCGCCGGAACGAACUUGUGGAGAACAUCAUGGUGCUGCUGGCAGAGGAGCCGCGGAGAGAGCUGAGCUCCGAACUGCGGCUGCAAGCGGUAGCCGCCAUCACCUCCCUCAGCAAGGUGGAGGGGGCUCUGGAGGAGAAGAUCCCUCUCUUUGUUGUGUGCUUCCGGAGCAUCUUCCUGCUUCCCUCAGAGCAGGACCUGGACACAAACCUUUACUCCAAGACCCUGAGGGCUCUGGAUGAGAUGCUGCACUCAUUGGUGUUCAUUCACCCCAGCGCCAGCAUCGGAGAGGAGCUGAAAGACGUCUUCCAGGUGCUGCUGCCCUUCACCUCCUUGCAGAGCUCGACCGUGCGCCAGAGGGCAGUGGGGCGCAUCUGGAAGCUGACCCAUUCGCUGGCACAUUACUGCCAGGAGAAGCCCCGUCACUCCUCGGAACAAUCCCCAUCUGCCAGCUAUGACGAGCUCCGCCUGCCCGUGCUGGGGCAGCUGGUGGGAUGCCUCAUCCUGUGCUGCGCUUUUGUCCAGGAGGACAAAACAUGCCGCUGUGCUUUGAGCGCUCUCCGUCACCUCUACAGAUUUGUCCUGUGGAGAAGCCGCUGGGAAGGGCAGCUGGACGAGCAGGGGAAACUGGAGCAGUGGGAAGCCGACCACGAGUUCUCCCUCACCUGGACCACCAACACCACAGUCAUUUUGCUGCGCUUUGAGAAGUACUUCCACUCUUCAGAGAAGACCGAUCUCAUCCUCCUGGCGCUGCAGGGCAUGAGGGACUGCAGCAACUACAACACCCAGGUGGCUUCCACCUUGAUGGCCAUCCUGACGGUUGACUUCAACCCUAUGCCCAAUGAUGUGCAGCGCAUCGUGAUGGCCAUCCACAGGAGCAGGAAGCUGAUCACAGAGGAGCAGGCACUGAGGACCAUCCGCAGCAGCUUCACCUCACUAGCUGCCGCCAACCCUCGCGCAAUGACACUCAGCCUGCUGCGCUGCUCCCCCACCUGCGACAAGGACAUAUGGGAGCUGUGGGAGUUGGCGCUGUCCUCGGUGGAUGCGGUGCCAAAGAUGGUGCAGGCGCUGCUGCAUCAGCUGGAGACCGUGCCGCUGGGCCAGAAGACCGAGGUCGGCGUCCUUCACACGGCCGCGGCCACGGCACUGCAUAAGCUCCUGCAGUACCUGGACUACGGCCCACAGGUGCGACUGGUUUUCCCGGAGCUCUUUGUGGUGCUCAUCAUCCAGCUGGUGUCCGCCGGGCCGCUAGCUCCGCUGGAGAUCACCGCCAUCACAGAGGACCCAUUCCGCCCAUCUGCGCCCACCUCUGCCAUCAGGAUGGUGGUGGAGACGGCCCACAGUUUGCUACUGUGCGCUGAGAUGGACAACCUGGCGUUCUCCAUGGACACCCACAACCUGUGGGCGCGGCUGCAGGGCGCUGCCACGUGGCAAAACGGCCUACACUCCCUUGCCAAGGUGAUGCUGAAGAACUGCCGGGAUCAGUGCAGACCCAUCUUCAGACACCUGCAGAAUCUGCUGCAGUACCACCAGCUGCAGUGGAGGGAGGUCCCCGCCAUGGCGUUCUACCUCGAGCUGUGGAGCUGCCAGGGGCACCACGAGGAUGACACCUGCCCGCAGAAGAUCUUCAGGAAAUACAUCCGCAGCAAACAGCCCAAGAGCAGAGAGCUGGCGCUGCGCGGGCUGAGGAACCUUUACGCUGGGAGGAUGCAGCUGCUGCUACCCGACGCGCUGCUGUGGCUGCAGGACAUGCGGGCUGACAUCAAACUGCAGGCCAUACAUCUGCUGCAGGACAUUGCGGCACAGCACCCCGCCAGCAUCCGAGGUGUGCUCAGCCAGCUGGCCGUGCAGCUGCUGUCCUGCUUCAAUGAGGACAACGCAGAGGUGCGCUGGCGCUCCAUGGAGCUCUUUGCGCUGCUGCUGGAGGCGCCAGGCAGGAAGCGGCUGCUGCUGCAGGCGGAGAGGAGUCUGCUGCCACUCUUCAUCCACAUGAAUGAGGACAUCCCCAACGUGGCGCAGGCUGCUCAGAAAGCUCUGAUCCACGCCGCCAAGCUCCUGGGCUGGCAGCAACUGCAACGCUUGGCCAGCGCAGCGGAGGUCUGGAUGAUUGCUGACUGUCUGCUUCAGAAGAGGGGCAGAGAUGCGGAGCAGUACCUGAAGGACACGGUGCUGCACCUGCACAGCCCCCAGGUGCCCGUGAGGGACACGGCCGUGCGCUUCCUCGGGCUGCUAGGGCGAAAGCUGAGGAAUGAGAACCGGGAGAAGAUGUCGGACAUCCGUAAAGCCCUGGAGGGAGCCAAGGAGGACAGCGAGCCGGCCGUGCGCUGUCUGGUGCUGCAGACACUGCUGAUCCUCAGCGUACUGGAAGAUGUGCCGCCCACCAGGCCCAGGUUGCCGCCGAUGGUUCUGGAGAACGUGGAGGGAGUUAGUGCGCUCCACAGGGAUGGGUCUUCGUCUGUCACGUUUGUUGUAGUGUUACAUGUAGAGCUGAAAUAA